CGGGGGCGGGGCCGGGGCGGGGCCGGGGGAGCGGAACCGGGCCGGGGCGGCGGGCGCAGCCAUGUCCUUCUGCUCCUUCCUGGGGGGAGAGGUCUUCAAGGACCAUUUCCAGCCGGGCAUCUACGUCUGUGCCAAGUGUGGCCAUGAGCUGUUCUCCAGCCGUGCCAAGUACGAGCACUCCUCGCCGUGGCCCGCCUUCACCGACACGCUGCGCCCGGACAGCGUGGCCAAGCGGGAGGAGCGCCCGGGGGCUCUGAAGGUGUCUUGUGGCAAGUGUGGCAACGGGCUGGGCCACGAGUUCCUCAACGACGGGCCGAAGAGGGGGCAGUCCCGCUUCUGAAUAUUCAGCAGCUCGCUGAAGUUUGUCCCAAAAGGCAAAGCAGACAAGGACCUGAAGGAGAAGUAAGCGAGCUGCCCCUCCCAACACGCUGCUGAUGGGCUGAUCCCGCGUUCACACCUUGGGGCGUCUGGUCAAGGGGGCACCAGGAGCCAGAGAAACCCCGAAGAGGCUCCUGGUUUCCCCAGCCAGUUCCCUCUUUGGGGCUGCUCCAGUCCAGGGUGCCAGGAGGAGCCGGGGGGAGGGAAGGGGACUGGGGUUGCUGGAGCUCUGCGCUUGCUGCCUGUGGGUUGUGACCUUGUGUGUGUUUCACAGGAACGGGGGUGGUGCAAAGGCUGCAGCUCCUCCUCUUACCCCUUCCCCAGCAAUCCCUGGCACCCUCCCCUCUGCCGUCAGCAGCUCCUGCCGGGUCCCUGGGGCUCCAGCCCAGCCUCCUGCCUUGCUCAGCUCCUCGGGGGUUUGGCUGUUGAACCAGCCGAGCCGGGACACUCUCCAGAUCGUAGCCGGGAGGGGCGGAUUCCUCCGUGGCACUGAUGCAAUCCAGAGUGGAUCUGCUGGCAUUUCCAAGGAGUAACGCUGGAUUAGCUGAGGUCAGAGCCCGGGUUAAUCUCUGGUGCUAUUCUGGGCGGGGAUCAUGGUAUGAAUUGCCCUAUAUAAACCCUUCCAGGAUGCUAGGGCAAAGAUGUUUUUAUGAUCCCGCUGGAGAGCAUCCAGGUGUUUUACCCCUCUGCCCAUUUUGCACACAGUAGAGACAGUUCUAGAUUUCCCGUGUCCUCUGGGCUCGAUUCUGACUUGGCCUUACACCACAUUUAUCACUGUGCUGUUGACUCCAGAGGCACUGGUGGUUCCUCCUUGCUGGUGCAAGGGAGGCCAACGUCGGGCUCAGGGGCUGCACUUGGCACAACUCAGGCUUUAGGAAUCACAUUUACAUUCCCUCUGCACUCAGAAGGGCUGGGACACUGAUUUCUCCUCAAUUCAGCACCUGAUUCGUGGCCUUCCCUCCUUGUCCUCCAAACCAAAUCCUCUUCGAAAUCAAUUUAUUUUCCAUCAAUCUCACCAUUAGGAGAGCACUGAUGAAAAGAGCAACAUGCCAGCUUGUUACCUGGUGCUCACUGCUGGUCCUGUACCUCUUCCAAUACUGCAAAUAAAGCACUGAUUCACUGUG